GUAAAUCACUAGAGGAAGAUGUCGUUAACUAGAGGAAGAUCUCCUGGUUUCUUUGCGAUAAUCAUAUGUCUCUUUGUUUCUCUUGGGACGGCGUCAGCAUGGAUGAGCAUCUGCGUGCCUGGAGAUAUCUACUUGGACUCAACCGGAAGGGCACCACUUCCGGCGGGGACAACUUGCACGUACUGUACGGACUGGUGUGAUGCGCAGUGUUCGAUCUUGGGACUUCCACAGGUAGAUUAUGGGUGCCGUCUAGAGACGAAUAACGAUAUUAAAUGCAGGUGUUGCUGUGGAAGCUCGCCACCAUCACCAUCCUCUCCCCCGUCGCUACCCCGUCCUCCUCCUGCACCUCAAGCCGAGUCGGAAUUUCACGGAGGCUAUCCGCAUGAAUAUAAUAUAUGCACGGCUGGACAAACAUAUCUUGUACUUGAGCAUGCUAAUGGAACAGAAUGCAUUCGUGAACCCAAGUGUGAACAACGGUGCAAAGAUUCACAUCCACAGCUUAUAAUGGCAAGAAGAGAGUGUGUAGCAGGUGGUUAUACUUAUCCUCCUCCAGCUACGUAUACAUGGCGUGAGCAGUGUUGUUGUAAAACUCCUUCACCUCCACCUCCAUCACAGCCCCCACCACCCCCACCAUGUACCCCUAGUUGUCCAAUAGAGUUCACCAUGCAAGUACCAGGCCAGAAACCGUGCAAGUACGCGUUAUCAUCAGAACCAUCAACGUCGGCAAGUCCACAUGGUGAUUUUGCUUCAUUAUUAUUCCCAGCAAUAUAUAGUGAAUAAUUAUGUGGCUAAACUGAUAUCCUGGUAUUGCAAGCUUAGCUGGAAUUGGAGUAAGCAGCAUGCAGCAAUAACCAACAUGGAGUACUUUAGUCAUCUUAUUUAAAUGUUUAGACUUUAGAUAUGUACUUUGUUUAUUUCCUUUGAACACGGGUUGAUAAAUGAUGGU